CAUUGCCGCCAAUGAACGUAUGCCAUCCCAUACCCAUACCCAUACCCGUACCAUGCGGAAGUGCCCUCGCUCUGAUCCCAAAAUGUACCGACCAUCAUCCUGCAUAAAUACAAAGGGGCAAAGCGUCUGCCUCCCACCCCAUCAUCACCAACACCCAAAAACAAGGAGAGCUAAACAACACUAACAAUAACUCGCCAUGAGUCAGCGGCGCUCACUGUUUACAUCUCCAUUGCGUUCGGUAGCUCUACUAGCCUUCGCAGUAGCGAUCACUUUCCUCCUCGCAGGGGCCAGAGCAACCAAGACAGAGAACCCGGGCAGUAACAAAUUAGGGCCUAUCAUCGGUAUUGACUUGGGGACGACAUAUAGUUGUGUCGGUGUCCACAAAAAUGGACGGGUUGAAAUCAUUGCCAACGAACAGGGCAAUCGCAUAACCCCAUCCUACGUCGCAUUCACCGAUACUGAGCGACUCGUCGGAGAUGCUGCAAAGAACCAAGCGCCAGCCAAUCCUUUCAAUACAAUUUUCGAUGCGAAGCGUCUGAUCGGUCGCCACUUCAAUGACAAGGAGGUCGAGGAGGAUGCAAAACAUUGGCCCUUCAAGCUCGUCAACAAAGACCAACGGCCCCGUGUUCAAGUCGAGGUCAAGGGCGAAAAGAAGGUCUUCAGCGCAGAGGAGGUGUCUGCCAUGCUCCUGACCAAGAUGAAGACCAUAGCGGAAGAGUAUCUCGGCCGCAACGUUACACGCGCAGUCGUCACGGUCCCUGCGUACUUCAACGAUGCGCAGCGUCAAGCCACUCAAGAUGCGGGUGUCAUAGCUGGCCUCGACAUCGUCCGGAUUGUGAACGAACCGACAGCCGCCGCUCUAGCAUACGGGUUGAACAGAAAGGGUGGCGAACAACAUGUCUUAGUUUACGAUCUGGGUGGCGGGACCUUUGAUGUGUCCUUGUUGGCCAUCGACGACGGGAUCUUCGAAGUCUUGGCCACCAGCGGUGACACGCACUUGGGCGGUGAAGAUUUUGACAAUCGCCUCAUCCGCCACUUCUCGUCCUUAUGGAAAGAAAAGACUGGUAAAGACUGCAACAAAGACGCGAAGGCCAUGGGCAAACUGAAGCGCGAGGUGGAGAAAGCUAAGCGUACGUUGUCCACCGCAAUGUCCGCCCGUGUCGAAAUUGAAUCGUUUCAAGACGGCCGUGACCUUUCGGAGACGCUGACCCGCGCCAAGUUCGAAGAGUUGAAUCUGGAUCUUUUCAAGAAGACCAUGAAGCCCCUCAAGAAGGUUCUCAAAGAUGCUGCGAUAUCGAAAGCCAAAGUGGACGAGAUUGUGCUUGUCGGAGGGUCUACUCGUAUCCCCAAGAUUCGAGAGCUACUCGAAGAUUUUUUUGGCGGAAAGAAAGCAAGCCAGGGGAUCAAUCCCGAUGAAGCGGUCGCGUACGGAGCCGCCAUCCAAGCUGCCAUUCUUGAUGAACGAGUCGACGAUUACGACUCGAUACUUCUCGUCGAUGUCGUACCUCUGAGCUUUGGUAUCGAGACCUCUGGCGGAGUCAUGACCAAGCUGAUUCCUCGUAACACCCCGAUUCCUACCACGAGGUCUCAAACCUUUUCUACCACCGCUGACAAUCAACAAUCUGUUCUCAUUCAAGUCUACGAGGGGGAGCGUCUGAUGACGAAGGAUAACAACGUUCUCGGCAAAUUUGAUCUUACCGGUAUCCCAGGAGCCCCACGCGGUGUCCCCCAGAUCGAAGUAUCUUUCACAGUGGACGCCAAUGGUAUCUUGGAGGUCUCAGCGGUCGAAAAAGGAAGCGGAAAGAUGGAGUCAAUCACCAUCAAGAACGAGCAAGGUCGUCUUUCCGAGGCAGACAUUGAACGUAUGAUUCUGGACGCAGAGAGAUUGGCGGAGGAAGAUGCCACGCUGAAGAAACAGAUUGAGGCCCGCAACAGGUUCGAUUCGUACCUUUACUCAGUGAAGGACCGGGUCAACAAGGAAUCGGAACUCGACGAUGUGGACAAGCAAAAAGUUGUCGUUGCGGUCAGGGAAGCACAAGACUGGUUGGAAUCUGAAGGCUCAAACGCAGUCGAGGAGGAUAUACAGGAACGCGAAUCAGAACUCGAAGCAGUGGUUGCCUCUAUCAUGGCAAGACUUAACACUAGCACCACCUCUAGCGGUCGUGAGCAGUCUUCUUAUCACGAUGAGUUGUAACAAGAAUAGAUAGGGUUAGGGUUAGAGAUGGGUUGCUUGUCCGGGGACGGCCAAUCUUUACCUGAAUAUAGAUGAAGUAGUCAAAAUCACAAUACUCCUCAUGGUACCCUCCGAUGUAGAGCUCUG